CUGCAUCACACAGUAGUUCGCACACAAAGGAAAAGCGGCCUCCACCGCCGACGAAGGUGCUCACCGGCAGCAUGGCCGGCAGUGGCGGACAGGAACCCGGGGGCGACGGCACCAUCCUGGAGGCGCUGUCUUUUCCGGAGCAGCAGGCUGACGGGGGUCUCGGUGUGCAGAGUCCCGGUCCGGAGCUGCUGGUGUGUCUGUUCUGCUCAGAGUCGGCCCCCCUGCCGCAGAAAGACUCGCUCCUCAAACAUCUGCUGCUGGAGCACAAGCUGGUCAUCGCUGACGUCCGCCUCAUCGCAAACCUCCCAAAGUACAUGCUGUACUGGAAGGGGCGAUUUCUGGAGCAGCCCGUUGCAGAUUUCUGCAGCGUCAUCAAAACCAACUCGGCAGGGCCGGCUGACAAACAGGAAGAGUACUUCCUGCUGUGCGACGUGCUUCCGGAGGACCGAACCCUCAGAGAGAAGCUGCAGCAGAAGCGUCUGGAGGAGGUGCUGGAACAGCAGCAGAAGGAGAGAAAUGACUGCAGCUUCCAUCGUGUCUGCAUGUUCUGCAGUGAGGAGUUCUCUGGAAACAGGUCUUCUCUGCUGAACCACAUGGCUCGAGAACAUUCCUUCAGUAUCGGACUUCCGGACAACAUCGUGUUCUGCAGCGAGUUCCUGGACACGCUGCAGAACAAGCUGGACAAUCUGCAGUGUUUAUACUGUGAGAAAGAAUUUCGGGAUAAAACUACGCUGAAGGAUCACAUGAGGAAAAAAGCCCAUCGCCGCAUCAACGCCAACAACCACCAGUACGACCGCUUCUAUGUCAUCAACUACCUGGAACUGGGAAAAACCUGGGAGGAGGUUCAGAGUGAGGAUGACCGGGAGCUGGUGGAAGAUGAUGAGGAGGAUGACUGGUCGGACUGGCAGGCGAACCCAGUCUCUGCUGUCUGUCUGUUCUGUGAUCAUCAGUCGGAGACCAUGGAUGAGCUCUACUCGCAUAUGAAGGACGCACACACCUUUGACCUCCAUCAACUCAAGACAGAACUGGACCUCAGGUUCUAUCAGCAGGUCAAGCUGGUGAACUUCAUCCGGCGGCAGAUCCACCAAAGCCGCUGCUACAGCUGCCAGCAGAAUUUUGACUCCAAAGCAGAUCUGAUGCAGCACCUUGACAGGGAGGCCCACGUCAUGAAGCUGCCCGACACGUCCGCCUGGGACCAGCCACAGUACUACUUCCCCACCUAUGAGAACGAUGCUCUGCUGUGCACACUGUCUGAAAGUGACGAAGAUGAGAGGGGGGAGCAGACAGACUGCGGUGAAGACGUCCCAGUGAUUGCAGAAGACAUUUCUGACCUCAGAGCACUAAAACAGAGCAGCGUCCUCAAUCACCUGCUGAAGCACAGCUGACCGCAUCAUGUCGUUGGGUUCUGUUGUUCUGCUCCAUUCCAAACCAGCAGAACUGCUGCUCAUUUACAGAGAAUAGAUACAAAAAUCAAGACUUUAUGUUGUUGUUCAAUAAAUUCAUUUGAAAUGAU